ACCAAAAAUAAUAAAAAAUUAAGACUUAACUUUUUAACUUUAAAUCCUUUCCCUUUCAACUUCCUCAUAUAUAAAUCACUCUCUCAACACAUUUUCAUUUCUCACAAACAAAAUCUCCCUGGCUUUCACCACACAAUCAAAAUUCUCAGCUCACAAAUUCACACUGCAAUUUUCAAUCAUCAUCAAAGAAUAGCAUUGAAAAUCCAUUGGAUUCUUAUUCCGCUCGCUCUCUCCCUUUUGAUUUUCUUCUUUUCAUUUCAAUUACAUACAAACUUUUUUCUGAAAUGGGUAGCUUUUUAAAUUUAAGUGCUUAUAAUCUGAUUCUGCUUUUUAUUUGAUUCAGAUUUUAAGCUUUUUACAACAACCCAGAAGCAAAAAUUUGAUCUUUCUUUUAUAAUUUGAUCAAAUCUUCAUCUGGGUCUUUAAAUUGCUUCAUCUUGAUUUGAAUACUUGAAUCUCUCUUUUUUACAUAUACCCAUUUCAAAAAAAUCACUUUUUUUGUGCUUUUUUUCUUUGUUUUGUGCUUGAGAGAGCGAGCGGAGAAAGUAAUGGCUGCAGCUAAGAACAGUGGAAAAUUCAAUAAAGAUUUUGGUGAUGAAACUCACAACAAUCGUAACAAGGUUAUACAAAUUGGUGAAAGCCAAGUUAAUUGGGAGAUUGAAAAAGGAAAAAGUGUUGAAUCAAGCUCUUCUCAAAGGUAUCAUUGGAAGCCCGUUUUUGAUGAAGCUUCUAUUUCACAUAAUAGACCUUUCAAGAAAAGUAAAAGCCCUGAACGUGAAAAUCAAAAUCAAAAUCAAUUUUCACCUUUUUCUGUUCCUUCUUCAGCUUCUUCUUCUUCUUCUUCUUCUUCAUCUUCAAGACUUGUUUUUCCUUUUGCUUUUGAUAAUACUUCACAACAAUUUGGUCCCAACAACAAUUUACCUUUUUACCCUUAUCCACCACCUACACAAAACCAAAACCAAAACCAGCAACAAAUGAUAUCUUUUGGGUCACAAUCACAACAACAACAACAGAACAAUAUUGUUUCAUAUCCACCAAUUUUGUCUCAACAACAACAGCAGCAACAUCAUCAACAACUUCUUCAAUAUUGGAGUGAUGCAUUGAAUCUAAGUCCAAGAGGAAGAAUGUUGAUGAUGAUGAACAAUAACAAUAGGUACUUGGGGCAAUAUGGUAAUAAUAAUGGACCAAUGUUUAGGCCUCAAGUUCAACCUAUAAGUACUACAAAACUCUAUAGAGGAGUUAGACAAAGACAUUGGGGAAAAUGGGUAGCUGAAAUUCGUCUACCUCGAAAUAGAACUCGUCUUUGGUUAGGGACAUUUGAUACCGCCGAAGAUGCUGCUUUAGCCUAUGAUCGCGAGGCGUUCAAGUUAAGAGGAGAAAAUGCAAGGCUCAAUUUUCCUGAACUUUUUCUCAACAAAGAUAAAGAUAAAGAUAAAGAAAAAGAAAAAGAAAAAUCAGCACCUUCAUCACCACCUCCAACAUCAACAAAUGCAGAUUCAUCUGUUACUUCUUCGACAAGUAACACCGUGACAAAGCAGCCUGAGCCUCCACCGAUGCAGACACUUCCAAUAGAAGAGUCUAAUGAGAAUGACUCCGGAAUUGGAUCAAGUGAAGCUACGGUGAGCGAAGGUGGAGAAGGCGUUUCGCAGUCACAAGAAUUGGUUUGGAGUGAAAUGUCAGCAUGGUUUAAUGCUAUUCCGGCGGCUUGGGGUCCAGGCAGUCCUGUUUGGGAUGAUAAUCUUUUUUCACAGUCACAAAAUCCUUUUUCCAAUCUUAACCAACAUGAAGAAUUCAAUGAUUUUGAUCCUCAGAUAGGGUCAGGUUCUUCUUCCAUUAGGCCUUUCUUUUGGAAUCAUGAUCAAACUUGAGUUUUCUUUUGUCCUUGAUCAAUUGUUGCUGAUAUUUUUACCAGACAACUUUUGAAUCUUUGGAUAAUUUUCUUGACCAUAUUUGAAGUAAUGGAUUCAUUUCCUUCAAUUAGGCUCAAUGCAUUUUUGAGCCUUUUAGCUUCAAGGUCAUACACCUUAUAGUCUUGCCUUUUACUUAACCCUUUUGAUUUAUUUAGUUGGUAUGUUAGUAUAGGUAGCUUACUUAGCAUGACUAGGGAAGAAGGAAACUUUUUUGUGAUUUCCUUCCUUCUUGGUUCCAUCUGUUAUGAGCUAUGUUUUUGAGCUUCAAGGAUGGAUUUAUAUAUGUAUUAUUAUUGUUGUAUUACAUAAUUUGCAGUUUGUUCAUUGUGAAGUUUGUUUGUGCAUAAUGCUUGAUGCAUCAUUUUCUAGUUUGUGUAGUUGUUGAAUUAAAUAUAUUGACUCACAGCAUAUGUUAUGGCA